AUGUCUGAAAUUACUGAUCCAAAAAUUGAUGAUAAUCAAGAUGAUUUGGUUGAUAACAACCAAGGCUUACAAAACAAUGCCAAUCAAAAUGAAGAUUUAGAAGAUGAUGAUGAAAAACCUUCAUCUUCAAGAGAAAGAAGAAAAAUUGAAAUUAGAUUUAUUCAAGAUAAAUCAAGACGUCAUAUUACUUUCUCUAAAAGAAAAGCUGGUAUCAUGAAGAAAGCUUAUGAAUUAUCUGUUUUAACUGGUACUCAAGUUUUAUUAUUAGUUGUUUCUGAAACUGGUUUAGUUUAUACAUUCACUACUCCAAAAUUACAACCUUUAGUUACAAAACCAGAAGGUAAAAAUUUAAUUCAAGCUUGUUUAAAUGCUCCAGAAGAAUCAGGUGAAGAUGAAGAAGCUUCAACUCCAACAAACUCUUCAAAUCAACAAGCUCAACAACAACAAGCUCCUCCUCAACAACAAGCUCAACAACAACAAGCUCCUCCUCAACAACAAGCUCCUCCACAACAAGCUCAAAAUCCAAAUCAAGCAAACCCAAAUCAACCUCCAGCAGGUCCUGGUGGAUAUCCUCAACAACCUGGAUUACAAAACUUACCACCAAAUUCAGGUUAUUUGAACCCUGAACAAGCUGCUGUUUAUCAUACUUAUUUCGGUAACAUCAACAAUCAACAAGGUCAAUACUAA